AUGGCCAUCGGUACCCGAACACCUCCGAAUUCUACCUGCAAUCCUCAAGAGUCCGUUGCCGACGAUGAUGAAACGGACUACCACUGUGCAGGAAGUUAUGCGCUGGAUAAGUCGGACAAGGGAUGA